UCUUCGUCUUUUAGGGAAAGAUCGUCUCUCCAGAGAGCCGAAAACAUAAACGUGUGAAGAAGCAAAGUACAGAGACAAGAACAAAGAUGGGGCAAUGUUCGUCGACGACAAAAAUGAACAGAAAAAGAAAGAGAGGAGAAGAAGGUUGCAGAGAAUCAAUGAAAAGGAGUAGAGGAUGUUUAAUGAUGGUGAAGGAGAAGCGUUCUAGGUUUUAUAUCGCCAGGAGAUGUAUUCUUAUGUUGCUUUGUUGGCACAAAUACGCCAACUCUUGAUAA